AUGAUUUCCUAAUAUAUUAAUUCUGGGAGAAAUCAUACCGAAGACAUAUUCUUGGGAAAAUCUUGCAGGCAUCGUGUCAAAAGGCUGCUUCACAAGAAUAGUGAUUAUCUCCUCACUCUGCACCCCACAGGAAGGGAGCAUACUCAGGUGAACAAUUCAAACCACCCAUCUACGAUAACUGAGAAUACUGUCUUUAUACUCCAAUCAUGGAUGAAUCUCAACACUUGAAUAAACCAACAGAGGCAAAAACUUCAGAGCAAAAGAAAGCUAAAUGCUGUGAUUCACUCAAGAUGUUCUUGGCAGCUCUGUCCUUCAGCGUUUUUUGUAGAUUGAUAAGUGGGAUCAGUAUGAAAACUGCCAUUACUCAUAUUGAAAGGAGAUUUGACCUACCCUCUUCCGUUGCUGGUUUCAUUGAUGGAGGCUUUGAGAUGGGAAAUUUGCUUGUGAUUGUAUUUGUAAGUUAUUUUGGAUCCAAACUACACAGACCAAAAAUCAUUGGAAUCGGUUGUGUCAUUAUGGGAACUGGAAGUAUUCUGACUGCUUUACCUCAUUUCUUCAUGGGAUAUUACAGGUAUUCUAUAGAAACCCAUAUUAAUACAACAGAGAAUAUAAUAGCAACUUGUUCAGCUAAUCAGACCACAGCACUGACUCCAUCACCUGAGAUAGCGGAAAAGGGCUGUGAGAAGGAAUCUGAGUCAUACAUGUGGAUCUAUGUUCUGAUGGGGAACAUGCUUCGUGGAAUAGGGGAAACCCCUAUCGCACCCCUGGGAAUUUCUUAUAUUGAUGACUUUGCUAAAGAACAAUCCUCUGUUUAUCUAGGCAUUUUACAAACAGUUUCUGUGCUCGGCAUAAUCUUUGCCUUUUUGAUAGGAGCCGUAUUUACUAAAAUGUAUGUGGAUACUGGCUAUGUAGAUCUGAGCACUAUCAGAAUAACUUCCGAGGACUCCCGUUGGGUUGGUGCUUGGUGGCUUGGUUUCCUUAUAGCUGGAGUACUCUCCUUUAUUGCUUCCCUGCCAUUCUUUUCCCUACCUCGAAAUCCAACUGAACCACAGGAAGAAAGGAAAGUUUCAAAGGAUUUGCAUGAAUUCAAAAUAAGUGGAGAACAAAAACAAACCCAUCAUAGGCAACGUUCUGCUUUAAGUGUGACUGGUUUUUUGCAGUCCAUGAAGUACCUCCUUACCAAUCACCUAUAUGUGAUAUUUGUGCUUUUGACCUUGGUAGUAUUCAGUAGCCACGUUGGUAGCUUUACUCAUCUCUUCAAAUAUAUAGAGCAACAGUAUGGUUAUUCAAUAUCGCAAGCUAACUUGUUAGGAGCCCUAACCAUACCUAUCAUGGCAAUUGGAACAUUAUUAGGAGGAUAUCUCAUUAAAAAACUCAAAAUGACGUUGAUUGGAAUUGCCAAGUUUUCAUUUUUUGUUUCAUUAAUGGGCUUCAUAUGCCACCUGUCAUUUUUUCUUGUAAUGUGUGAUCGCAAGUCUGUUGCCGGCUUAACUUUAGGCUAUGAUGGAAUCAGCCCACUGACAUCUCAGACAAAUGCAACACUUUCUUACUGUAAUCUGGACUGCAAUUGUGAUGAAAGUCAAUGGGAGCCGAUCUGUGGGGACAAUGGAAUGACUUACUUGUCACCUUGUCUAGCAGGAUGUACAUCUAGAGGUAGCAGUGAAAACUCUACUAUGUUCUACAACUGUAGUUGUCUUGAAAUUUCUGGUUUCAAGAGCAAAAAUUAUUCUGCUCAUUUGGGUGAAUGUCCAAGAGAUAAUCAUUGUAAAAUGAAACUCUACAUUUUUGGAAGUGUGCAAGCCUUGGAUGCUUUUUUUGUUUCCUUGGGAUCUGUUACAUAUAUUAUGUUGCUCGUGAAGAAUGUUUUACCUGAAUUGAAAUCACUUGCGAUGGGGUUCCAUUCUCUGAUCAUGAGAGGAAUAGGAGGGCUUCUAGCUCCAAUAUACUUUGGGACCAUGAUUGACAGAACAUGCAUGAAGUGGUCCACCACAGGCUGUGGAGCACGAGGAGCCUGUAGGAUCUAUGAUUCAAAGUCAUUUGGAACUACUUUGUUGGGCUUGGCUGGUAUCUUGAAAUUUCUAGCACUUAUUCUGUAUAUUGUAUUAAUUUAUGCCAUGAAGAAAAAAUAUGAAGGAAAAGAUUUUAAGGCAUUGGAAAAAGAAGGAAAUAUCAAGGAUGAGGCAAAAUUAGAAUUUUUAAGCAGCAAUGGACAUUCUGCACCUUCUCGUUCAGUAUACAAUGACACAAAUAUUUAAGGCAACAAAAAGAUACAACAGUGCAAUAGUGAAGGAAUAGGGUGUCAUUCUUCCAUUCCUGGUCAAUUCUGUAAGACUCACUACACUCUACAUAUGAUGGAAUGAUGAAUAAGCCUAUGAAUAUGCAAUCAAACAAAUAAAAACAUAAAGAAUGGAGUAGUCAUUGUUAGGAUAUAGCUAAGUGAGUAAUAUUGAAAAAAAUAUGAUCCAAAGAAAUUGAGAGUCGAGGCCUAUUGAGAGUCGAGAGUUUCUGAUUACAUUUAAAGUUAGGCUAUAACAAAAGAAAAACUAUUUGCUAGGGCGAUCACAGCUUUUACAGAAUCUAUUAUCUAGAAAUUAGAUAGAGAUGAAAAAGAGGAGAGAAAUUAAUCGUCCAAAUAAUGAGAAAAGUCUGAUGUCUUGAAAAAAAAGAAGACUAGAAAAAAAGGAAAAAGGAAAAGGUGAAGAAAAGAAGAGAAAACAGAAAAGAAAAAAAACAAAAGAAAAGGAAAAGGAAAGAAAGAAAUGGAUGAUGUUACUCACUCCUGAUGUAUCCUCUUAUGGGGAUUUAUGGGAUCUUGACUUGCAUUGUUUAUGUUGUCAUAUAUUUUACAGACUUUAUUAAUGUAAAAUUUGAAAUUGAUUUUGCAAUUUGGAUGUAUCUUCUUUCCACCUUCCAUUAAAAUAGUGCUAAAUAAAUUGAGAUAUUAAAAUACUGGCAAGCUAUGAUUAUCAGAAAAAUGUCACAGAAGAUAAGAUUCUAUCAGACUCACAGAAACAGAUUGAGACAAAUCUACUUUGACUUGAGAAAGUAAAGGCCAUUCCAUAGAUACAGUUUUAUUUUACCUAUCCUCCAGAAGAAAUGAGGUAUGUUAUCUAUCAGAUCUCAUCAUUCCAUGAAGGUUUUUUGUUUAUUUAUUUGUGUUGGUGUACAAAAAGAUAUUUUCCUCUAUUAGCUGUAUCUUCUCUAUCAGGACAAGGAGAAUAAAUAAAAACAAACACUUGGA